CGUGACUUCAACGCGAUCGUGGAUGGCAAUUGAUGGAAACGCGCCAGGCUCGAGCACGAACACGUCAGGUGUCCGCGAUGGAGAGUUGGCAGGAGCUACCGAGAGCUGCCAAGCACUAGGCAAACGUCCGCCUACAUUCUGAUGGUGUUGAUAUCGUCCAAUGUUGGAUAAAUUUUGAUCAAAUGGAAGGCCGAGAGCCCUGUGCGUUACACGCACCGCAAAAUCCAUCCAAACCCUUCUCCCACUGCAAAACAAAACAUUGAUAUGUAACAAUAUCCGAGCUUGAAUGUUCUUUCAAUCCUACCAGUCGUUCUUUGAACUCCUCCCUGCUGUGUUCUGCAACCCUCGGCUAGGAACCAGGCUAGCGAAGAGUCUAGCGACCGACUUAUCCGUCUUCCUUAAACCUCCCAAACCCCCGCGCGGGGGAACAGCCAGGAGAAAACCAACCCAAAUAACAAACCACCAACCCGACACCACGAUGGCUUCCUGCUGGGACUGCGGCAAACACUUCCGCGCGGGCUUGAAGGCCGUGCGAAACCACCAGUCGGCGACGCGCUGCGCCGAAUGCCGCAGGUGCGACGACAAGUUCGACAACGCGAGGGCGCGCCUGGAGCACGAGAUCACCGACCACUACCACUGCGAGGACUGCGACCGGGACUUCACCAAUGCCAACAACGCCCGGAUGCACCUCCGCUCCAAGGCCCACGGCGGCGGCUCCAUCGAGUGCCCGGUCUGCAGCAAGGCGUACACGACGGCGACGGGCGUCGUCUCGCACCUCGAGGGCGGCGCCUGCCCCAACGCGCGGCACCUUUCGCGCGACACGCUUUACGGCUUCAUGUGCAUCAGCGACCCCGGGGGCCUCGUCUGCAAGAAGCUCAUCGGCUGGCACGGUGAGGCCAAGUACGAGGCCACGGAUCGCACGUGGAACGGCCACGGCUACGAGUGCUACGUCUGCCAUCGCCAGUUCGGUCAGCUCCAGAGCCUGAACCAGCAUCUCAGCUCUCCCGCCCACCAGCAGGCGUACUAUCACUGCCCCAAGUCGACCUGCCGCGUCGAGUUCAAGACCAUGGCGUCGUUUAUAAACCACCUCGAGAGCGAGUCGUGCGGCUACUUGCGAUUCAGCGAUGUGCAGAAGCAGGCGACGCUUAUGAUGGGUGGAGGCCGACUCCUCGGGUACUGAUUGGCUCGUUUGAACAUGUCAUGCAUCGCGCACGCCGCACGCUAAGACACAUGUGUGUUUUUUUUUCUAACGGAGUCUAUGUUGGGGAAGCUGGCUGUAGCGAGGGGUUUGGCUCCCGAAAGCGGGAAAGGGCUGCCCACAGUCAAUGGCUUUGUUAUGGGGAAUAACCUGGCCCAGGAAACCACCAGGAUAUGCGAUGUAAGAGAAGGCCUGAAUGGGAUGACCAUGUAUUGUAUUUUUCUUUCUUGUUCUCGUUGUGAAUAAAUGACGUUUGUGCA